GUGUGUAAAAGUAAAUUUUGUAAAAAAAAAAAUUAAGAAUCGAGAAUGCUCUAAUUUGUUAUUUUUCACAGCUUCUCAUCUACUAAUCAGUCUGUCUGUGCAUUUGAAUUUCGUUCCAUUGACUCUGGAACACGCAAGCUGAUUGGACAAAAUUCGUUGCUUUGUUUUUCCAGAGAUAUGAUUGGUUAAGAGAGAUGAAAGAAGGUUCGUCAUUUCCUCCACAUGAAAACAAUCCCGUUUUCAAGACAAAGCAAACAGCUGUGUUCGGGUGUCUUCAAGAAAAACCUCAAGUGAUGUCUACCUCGAGAAGGCCAAGGCUUUGCACAGAAUAUUACCGGAAAGCGAAAACGAGUUCCUCAAAUACACGAAGAUGCAACUUGAAGAGAGACAAGCCGUGGAGAAAGUGCAACACUGGAGACUCAUCGAUGAAGGAAAAAGAUUGUGGAUUAGAAAUCAAGGAGGUCGAGAGAAAAUUUGACAUGUGUUUAGAUUCCGCACUGUCGCGUUUGACAAGAAAGCAAGACAAGAAACUCAGUACAACUAGGAACCUUGGUCGUAAACGAUCUUAUAACCUUACAAGCUCGCACAGUCAAGGAGGUAAUUUCAACUGUUACAUCAGAGCUGUCCCAGACGAAGUUUUACUUCUCAUAUGUUCUUACCUUCAAGAAAAAGAGCUUUGUAGAAUGUCACAGACAUGCACCAGACUCAACACAAUAUGUCAGGAUGGAUGCUUAUGGCGAUCACUUUAUAGUCAAGUAUUUGACUUGAAGAAGCCCUUAAUAAAGACAUCUGAAGGAGUUUAUAUUGAAGAAGAACCGGAGAAUGACUUGUGCUGGAAGAAAUGUCUUAGUGCACUGUAUCAUGCACAUCAUGUUCAUCCUGCUAUAGCAAAACAAAGCAAGUUAAAUCCUGGCCAGUGUACAGGGAGAAAGAUAAAUUAUCAUGAAUCAAUUAACAACGCUUUGGAUGCCAUACAAGAUGAUGGUGUUAUUGUAGUGCACAGUGGUGUGUAUGAUGAGCAGCUGUCAAUCAGCAAACCUGUCGCAAUUAUUGGAGCAGCUAAGAAUGAAGCUGAUGCAGUUGUCAUUCAGUACGACUCUUCAACAGUUGUUACUUUCAAUCCUGGUUCAGUGUGCUCCUUCUUGGGACAUCUGACUCUAAAGAACUGUCCUGGCAGUGAGUCUCAGGUGGUGCGAUCAGGCUGUAUAGAAGUUGUGGAUGACUGCUCUCCUACAAUCUAUAACUGCAAGCUCACCAGCCUAGCUAAUGCUGGUGCAACAGUCUAUGUACAUGGCAGGGGAGCAAGACCUACUUUGUCCAACUCUCUCAUUUCUGACUCAGAAAAUGUUGGUGUUUUCAUCACAGAUGGCUCUCAGGGAACAUAUGAAGACUGCGAGAUUACAAACAUCAAGUUAGCAGGUGUCUGGGUGCGGAAUCAUGCUAGUCCUAUCAUGAGGAGAAAUAAAGUGCAUCAUGGUAGAGAUGUUGGCUUCUUUAUUUUUGAUUAUGGACUGGGUUAUUAUGAAGGAAAUGACGUGUACAAUAAUCGCAUUGCUGGUUUUGAGAUUCGUUCUCACGCCAAUCCAACAGUGGUGGGCUGCAAGGUACACCAUGGUAUGACAGGCGGCAUUUAUUGCCAUGACGAUGCAAGAGGUGAAUUCCUAGAGAAUCAGAUUUAUUCCAAUACAUAUGCUGGUGUUUGGAUAACAUCACAGAGCAAUCCUACCAUAAAAAACAACGAGAUAUACGACGGACAGCAAGGAGGAGUUUACGUAUUUGGCGAGGGAAAAGGAUUGAUCGAAGGGAACAACAUUCACGACAAUGCACUUGCUGGAAUUCAGAUCAGGACGAAAAGUAAUCCCAUUGUUCGAUGCAACAGAAUACACAGCGGACUCCAUGGCGGAAUAUACGUGCACGAGGAGGGCAUGGGGCUCAUAGAGGACAACGAAAUUAACAACAACACACUGGCUGGUGUAUGGAUAACGACAGGAAGUACUCCUACAUUAAGAAACAACAGAAUACACAGCGGAAAACAGGUUGGCGUUUAUUUCUAUGAUGGAGGCUGUGGAAUCCUCGAAGAAAACGAAAUCUUCAAUCACAAGUACUCUGGGAUACAAAUAAGGUCUGGAAGUAAUCCGUGCAUCAGGAGAAACAAAAUCUGGGGAGGACAAAAUGGCGGCGUUUUGGUCUACAAUGGAGGUCUUGGUCUGCUAGAAGAAAACGAGAUUUUCGACAACGCGAUGGCAGGGGUCUGGAUCAAGACCGAGAGUAACCCAGUUCUCCGGAGGAACAAAAUUCACGACGGGCGAGAAGGCGGAGUGUGCGUGUUCAACUAUGGAAAGGGUGUUCUGGAGAACAAUGACAUUUUUCGGAAUGCAUUGACAGGCGUGCUCAUUAGCACAGCCAGUUUUCCAGUGUUGAAAAGCAAUCGCAUAUUCGAUGGCGGUGCCGCGGGAAUAGAGAUAACAAAUAGUGCUGGCGGAGUUUUGGAGGAAAACGAAGUCUUCAACAACCGGUUUGACGGCAUUUGUCUGGCUACUGGUGUUGAACCUCAGCUUAGCAAUAACAAAGUGCACGGAAACAGACGUGAAGUGGAGAAAGCAAUCGAGUCUUGCCGCUGUCUGUUCCAGGUGUCUGGUAACACAUGUUAUCCCAUGCACGAUUUCUACAGGUGCACCACUUGUGGUACAUCCGAGGGUUACGCCAUCUGUGUGAGUUGUGUGACAGGUUGUCACGAAGGGCACGAAGUGAAGUUUGUAAGGCGUGACAGAUUUUUUUGUGAUUGCGGAGCAGGUUCAAGUGGAGUACUGUGUAAACUGAUCAGCAGAAACUGCUGGUCAGCGACAUCUCGAACACAGUCAGUAAGAGCGGUCAGCGGUGGUCAAACAGAAACGUCUGCACAGGAGGAAAUUGGAAACCAGGCCAUUUGCAUGACAUGACGAAACACUCAAAAACUGAAAAAGAAACGAUGAAGAUAAACUUACUGUCAACACUUUCGUACGCCAUGUUAUUCUUGUUACGCUUUCUCCGUACUCACUUUUGUCAUACAUAACGCAAAGCCCAAACUAAAAACUUUUAUUUUGCUGUGUAACGAGCGCUCUCGUCGCCAGACAUAUGGUUCGUGGUAUUAGGUUGCAAUGCUUGAUGUGUACUAAGUAAAUGGCCUGGUGAACAGUGUUUGUUCGUUUUAUCCCAAGGUUAUUUAACAUCCGGGUUUCUUUUGUAAUGUAAGUUUCACUGUCACAAAACUGCCAACCGAUUAAGCGAUCUUUAUUGCCAAGCGCGUGCAAGCGACAUGUUGGCCGUAAAUAUCAAGUGUUUUAUUUAAAUGAGGAAUUGAUGUCUUUACACAACUUGCAAGUCUUAAGUUUGCUUUAGCUGUGGUGAAACAGGGGGCGUAUUUAAGUUUUCCUGUGAUCAGUUCUUUUCGCUGGGAAAGAAGGAACACCUAAUCACAAGUUAUAUUUAACUGUAGUAUGUUUCACGACUUCGAUCCCUUUGCAGUCACAAACUCAGCCCAGUUAAAUGGACUGAAUUGAGGGCCAUUGUAGUGGUCUUCUGUUGGAAAGAAAACGUCUGACGAAGUCUUCUUCCAAUGUUCAUUUUAUACGAUUUCAUACUCUCAUAUUCAGGUUGUAAAAUCUUAUUUCUUAACAAUCUUCAGACUCCACUAUCCUUAAACAGCAUAUUAUUUAUCGUUGCUAUUUAUUAUAUGACAUACUCAACAUCUCGUUUUCUAUCGCAUACUCAGUCGUUCGUUUAAUUUAUUAACUUGCAAGUAAUUUAACUCGUCGACUACAUUUUAUCUAUUAUAAAUGUAAAUAGGCUGUAUUUAAAAAAAAUAUUCAGGGAAUACUUAAAAAAAGACGGUAUCUAUUAAAGAUGAACAUAAUUUAGGUAUUUAUUUAUAAAAUUGACAGUAACUUCAUAUGUCUAAUGAAAAUAAACUAACGAGACAAAAAUAAAUGUAUUGGAAUGUUA